UUAUGGAAAAGAACAAGGAGAGUAAAGAACUGAGUGAAGUGGAGGAGAAACAUCAUGACAAACCUGGAGAAAAAUCUUUGGGUCGCUCGAAGACUAAAAAGACGUUUGUGAAGAAAAGAACAGCCAAGCAAUCUUUCACCUGCAAUCAGUGUGGAAAGAGUUUCUCACAAUCAGCAAAUCUUAAGGUACACAUGAGAAUUCACUCAGAAGAGAAGCCACACACAUGUGUUCAGUGUGGCAAGAGCUUCAGAGAUAAAGGAAACCUUAAAAAACACAUGAGACUCCACACUGGAGAGAAGCCGUAUUCAUGUGAUCAGUGUGGAAAGAGAUUCACAAACAAAUCAUGUCUUGAAAUUCACAUGAGAAUCCACACUGGAGAGAAGCCGUAUGCCUGUGAUCAGUGUGGGAAGACAUUCACACAAUCAUCAAACCUUAAGGUACACAUGAGAAUUCACACCGGUGAGAAACCACACUCAUGUGUUCAAUGUGAUAAGAGCUUCAGUGAUAAAAGACACCUUAAAAAUCACAUGAGAAUCCACACUGGAGAGAAGCCGUAUUCAUGUGAUCAAUGUGGGAAGAGUUUCACACGCGAAACAAGUCUUGAGAUUCACAUGAGAGUUCACACAGGAGAAAAGCCGUUCACCUGUGAAAAGUGCGGGAAGAAUUUCACACAAAAAAUACAUCUUAGGCAGCACAUGAGGAUCCACACUGGAGAGAAACCAUAUGCAUGUGAUAAAUGUGGGAAGAGUUUCACAAAUUCAUCACACCUUAAGAAUCACAUGAGGAUCCACACCGGAGAGAAGCCGUUCAUGUGUGAUUAUUGUGAAAAGACAUUCUCAAACAAACAGUAUCUUGAGCAUCACAUGACAGUUCAUACUGGAGUGAAGCCAUUCAUGUGUGAUCAGUGUGGAAAGAGUUUUGUGAACUCUUCAAAACGUGAAAGACACAUGAAAAUCCACACUGGAGAGAAGCCGUUCACAUGUGAUCAGUGCGGGAAUGGCUUUAUCGAAAAAUCAGACCUUAAGAAACACAUGAGGAUCCACACUGGAGAAAAGCCUUAUGCAUGUGAUCAAUGUGGAAAGAGAUUCCCAAACAAAUCAUGUCUUGUGCGUCACAUGAGGAUCCACACUGGAGAGAAGCCCUUCAUGUGUGAACAUUGUGAAAAGAGAUUCUCAGUUAAAAGUCGACUUAGGAUUCACAUGAGAAUCCACACUGGAGAGAAGCCAUAUGCAUGUGAUCAAUGUGGAAAGAGAUUCACAAACAAAUCAUGUAUUGAGCGUCACAUGAGGAUCCACACUGGAGAGAAGCCCUUCAUGUGUGAACAUUGUGAAAAGAGAUUCGCAAUUAAAAAAAAUCUUAAAGAGCACAUGAGAAUCCACACCGGAGAGAAGCCGUUCACAUGUGAUCAGUGUGGAAAAACAUUUGUCUUCGCAUCAAACCUGAAGAAACACCUGACAGUUCAUACAAAGGAGAAGCCGCAUUCAUGUUCUGAAUGUGGAAAGAGUUUUUCACUGCUGCAAGGUUUAAAAGAACAUCAGAAAAUUCAUACUGGUGUGAAAGAUUAUAUGUGCUUUGAGUGUGACAAGACUUUUAUUUCAGCGAAACAGUUAAAACUGCAUGAGAGGAUCCACACUGGAGAAAAACCUUACAAGUGUUCACACUGUGACAAGAGAUUCAAUCUGUUAGGAAAUAUGAAAGCACAUGAGAGGAUCCACAGCAGAGAGAAGCCACACACGUGUGAUCAGUGCGGAACCAGUUUUGCUUAUAAAAGUCACCUGAAGAUACACAUGAAGAUCCAUGCAGUGGAGAAACCACUUAGUGGUUAAACCAAUUAGUUUCCUAACAGUCAUGAUGAGCGACAGGUUGAUUAGUAUCUGUUAACUCCUGUUCAAACCAACACAACUGUCCAGGGCAAAAAUUCAGUCUGAUUUUCACAUGAGAUUUGUUUGGUCAGACCAGUGCAAUUGCACAUUCACUGUCUGUUCAUGUGUGAUUGGUGUGGAAAGACUUUCAGUGACAAAAUAUAAAAGACCACAGAUGAAAAUCCACACUGGAGAGAAGUCAUUCCCGUAUGAUAAAUGUGGAAAGAGUUUCAGAGAUCAAUGCAGGUGACAGUUCCUUCGUGCAUUAGUCCUGAAAAAACAUGACGGUGUGUGUUUAAGUGCAGGAAGUCCUUUAGACACUGAACUGAAGGAGCACCAGAAAAUUCACACUGGAAAAAACCUUUCAGUGCAUAGUUCAGGGAGCUGAAGAAGAGGCCAUAACACUUUUAGUACAGACAUGAAUAUGAUAAUAAUGUUUAACUUCUUGUCCUUCAUGGUUUUUCAUUACAGUAUAUAGUUUCUCUUCCUCUUCUGAGAUGCUUUGGCUCUUAUAAGUCAGUAAG